AUGAUUCCUCCGAGCAGCACGACUGAAGUCAGCGUGGAUAUUGUGGAGAAAGAGAAUGAAGUGGAGAGCACAGAGCAGCCCCCCUCUCCAGCAUCAACUACCAGCCAGGAAUCAAAGCUGCAGAAACUGAAACGAUCACUCUCCUUCAAGACCAAGAGCUUGCGGAGCAAAAGUGCAGACAAUUUCUUCCAGAGGACUAAUAGCGAUGUGAAACUGCAAGUGGACUUGAUGCCUGAGGUGAGCACGAGCACUGGGCAGCUCCCCAGCUCAGAGAGCCAGGCAUCUUCCCCCACCAGAGCUCAGCAGCUGCCAGAAAACAACAAGGCUCACAUCUUCCAGGAGCACAUCUUCAAAAAACCCACCUUCUGCGAUGUCUGCAACCACAUGAUUGUUGGGACGACCGCUAAGCAUGGCCUGCGCUGCAAGGCUUGUAAGAUGAGCAUCCACCACAAGUGUGCGGACAGCAUCGGACAGCAGCGUUGCAUGGGCAAGCUGCCAAAGGGAUUUCGACGGUACUACAGCUCCCCCCUACUCAUUCAUGAACAGUUUGGCUGCAUCAAAGAAGUGAUGCCUAUUGCCUGUGGAAAUAAGGUUGACCCUGUGUAUGAAACUCUCCGCUUUGGGACUUCCUUAGCCCAGAAAACCAAAAAGGGCAGUUCUGGAAGUGGGUCUGACUCUCCCAACAGAAACUCUACAGCUGACCUGGCAGAAGUUCCUGAGGAAGGUGAUAGCUCUGCAGGCACCCUUGACAUAAGCAGGAAACGCAGCAACAGCGUGUUUACAUACUCCGAAAAUGGCACAGAACACUUUGGAGAAGAACCAAAAAGUAUACAUUCCCCGGGACCAUUUUGUAAAAGCACGUUACAAAUGAACACCUACGUUGCCUUGUACAAAUUUGUACCACAAGAAAAUGAAGACUUGGAGAUGAGGCCAGGGGAUAUGAUCACUCUUCUGGAAGACUCCAAUGAAGACUGGUGGAAGGGGAAAAUUGAUGACAGAACUGGAUUUUUUCCUGCUAACUUUGUUCAAAGAGUGCAACACGAUGAGAAGAUAUACAGGUGUAUCAGGACAUUCAUUGGCUGCAAGGAACAGGGACAGAUAACUCUGAAAGAGAACCAGAUUUGUGUGACUUCUGAAAAGGAACACGAUGGCUUUAUCAAAGUAUACAGCGGGAAGAAGAAAGGUUUUGUCCCCAUAGAUGUCUUAGAAAACAUCUGA